GUCCUGAGCCUCGCCACUCUGAAGUCGAAGGCCGCUUGAAAAACGUUCGAAUGGCUUGGCGGAGGACUUUAACGCAACAUUCUACGAUAUUUUGAUGGCUUCCCUGGCACACGAGCCAACCUACCGAUAAGCAAAUGGACUGCUAAGGGAUCGCACUCCGAGGAGAAUAUGAACUAGCUGCGUUGCAACCGUGUUUUCGUGGAUAUAUUACCGUCUUUUUGUUGGCGUAUAAGGUUUUUUUUGACUAGCUAGCGCUAGCUUCGUUUGUGGUGGGCUGCUGUUGUAGCUGCAAUGGUCCUUGCAAGUCUAUGCGGAUGUUUCCGGGACAAUUUGUGUUAAAACGAAUGCAACAAAUGGGAACAUCCAGCAUUGGUUGAACACACCGUGGCGUUGAAUAAAGCUUCUCUUCACACUUUAAGGACAUUUAGACCUAGGAUUCUUUGGACACCUGGACUUUUUCUGGUGCUUUUCAUUUUGGAUUUUAUCUUGCUGACAUUCUCCCACAGCCAUGGAAUCGACGGUUGAUGACGAUGCAAUGGCAGCGUGAAUGAAGCUUGGCGUGGGGAGAGCUGAACGAUGCCCAAAGGUGGGGGUUCUAAAACCCCCCAGCUGGACCACUUCCCACUUAACACCGACAUGGUGGAAAAGCAGGGUGGGAAGAAGGAAAAAGUGUUGUCAAACAAGACUCCCAAAUUGGAUCGCAGUGAUGGGGUCAAGGAGAUGAAAGAAAAGGCCUCUAAAAGGAAAUUGCCUUUCACAACUGGAGCAAAUGGAGACCAGAAAGAUUCUGACUCGGAGAAACCAGGUCCAGAACGGAAGCGCAUUAAAAAGGAGCCUACAAACACCCGGAAGGCAGGCUUGCCAUUUGGAAUGGGGAUGCCAGGGAUCCGGGCCGGGUACCCCCUCUCUGAGCGGCAGCAGGUGGCCUUGCUCAUGCAAAUGACUGCUGAGGAGUCCAUCAACAGUCCAGACACAACACCAAAGCACCAGUCACAGUCCAGUCUCGGUCAGAAGGGAACACCAAACUCUGCAUCUAAAACCAAAGACAAAGUGAAUAAACGAAACGAAAGAGGCGAAACGAGGUUGCACAGGGCAGCAAUUCGCGGAGAGGUACGCCGCAUCAAGGAGCUCAUCAGCGAGGGAGCUGAUGUGAAUGUAAAAGACUUUGCAGGCUGGACUGCAUUGCACGAGGCGUGCAACAGGGGAUACUACGAUGUGGCCAAGCAGCUGCUGGCAGCCGGAGCGGAGGUCAACACCAAGGGUCUGGAUGAUGACACCCCGCUACACGAUGCAUCCAACAAUGGACACUUCAAGGUGGUUAAGCUACUUUUACGGUAUGGAGGGGAUCCACGUCAAAGCAACAGAAGAGGGGAAACGCCUUUAAAUGUUGCCAACUCUCCAACUAUGCUGAAUUUAUUGCUGGGGAAAGGCACAUACACCUCAAGCGAAGAAAGCUCGUCGGAAUCUUCAGAAGAGGAAGACGCUCCCUCAUUUGCUCCAUCCAGCUCUGUCGAUGGCAAUAACACAGACUCAGAGUUUGAGAAGGGCUUGAAGUUAAAAGGGAAAACACUAGACCCUCCCAAAUCUGCCGUCACACCCAUCAAAGAUGAAUAUGAAUUUGAUGAGGAUGACGAAGAGGAGCGAGUACCCCCUGUGGACGAUAAGCACCUCUUGAAAAAAGACUUCCGUAAGGACUCCAUCACCAAGGCUAACAGCUUCAUCUCCAUACCCAAGAUGGAGGUCAAAACCUAUUCCAAAAGCAACUCGCUCACACCAAAGAAAACCGUCAGGCGCAUCAUCUCGGACAGCAACAGUUCAGAUGAAGAUGACAGAGCGUUGUGUUUCACACCCACGCCGACGCCACGGCAACAGGUCCUACAAACAAACGCCAAGACAAGAGAAUCCGGAAAUCUGAAUUCCAAACAACAGAAAGAUAAGAGUAAAGUAAAGAAGAAGAGGAAGAAGGAGAACAAAAACAAUGUCAGCAAAGAAGUCCGGUUUGGGAAAAUCAACGACAAAUUUUGUACGUCAGACUCCGAUUGUGGAGAUCUGGAGAGUGAAGACGAUAAAGGCUCAAACAGCAUAAAGGACUCUUCCAUGAGCAUGAAAGAACCCUCUGGCUUCAAUGCCUCGUCCUCACAUGGAAACCUGAACUCUCAAAAACAAGCACCGUCGUUAGCGGAACAGCACCCGAAGCAGUGGAGGACAGAUGGCUGGAAGACGGUGUCAUCGCCAACGUGGUCAGAUGUUAGUUCUCUGUCGGAUUCUGUAAGAACGAGAAUGUCCAGUGAGUCUGACUACUCGUCAGCUGAUUCCAGUGUGGAGUCAGUAAAGCAGAUUAAGAGGAAAGGACAGGAGAAUAAAAAGAAGAAUAAUAAUGUACACAGCAACGCAGUUGACAAGAAAAACUCGGACGUGUACAAAAAUGCAGAUAGUACAGCAUCCAAAACCGAUGUCGAUGGAAAAGUGGUCAAGAAGCAUAAAGUGAAGCACAAGCACAAAAGCAAAGAAAAGGAUAAGGCUCCGAGUCUUGUGCUUAAUCAGGACAUGAAUGAAAAAUUUGUCAAAAGCUAUUCUUUUGAUUUUGAUGACUCAAGGCAAAAGUCUGUAAUUGUGGAUUCCGAAUCGGCAACUGAGGGCAAAAUCAAGUUAUCAAAACAUGAAAAGGACCAUUCAAAAAAGGAAGAACGGCUCUCAAAAAGCAAGACGGAAGAAAAGGACUGGUCGUUGGGCAAAGACUUGCAUCGAACGGUUGAAAAGGAGAAAAAUAAGAAAAUAAAAGACUCCACCAAGGACAAAGUCAACAAAGAUGAGCGAGAAAAGCCUUUAAAACCUGACAAGGAUCGAAAUGUCAAAGAGAAGCCCAAGGAGGAUAAACAAAAAGCUCAUAAAGAGGAAAAAAAGAAAAAAUCUAAGGAAAAGUCAAAAGCAGAUCGGAAAGGUGAGCAGAAAGAAGAAAAGCAUCUAAAGGUCGACAAGGAGAAGACCACCAAGGAAGAGAAAUGUAAAAAGGACAAAGUUCAAAAGGACGAGUCGGAGUACGAAAGCUAUGACGUCAACAACCGUUUCCUCAACCUGGAUGACACCAAGCUUAGUGCCUCAGAUGACCAUCACGACAGAUGGGGCUCCGAGAUGUCCUCAGACUCUUCCCUCUAUGGCGAUGACAGCUGGGAUGCUCCCGUCAAAGAGUACAAGGAAUACAAAGCCAAUAAUUCUGUUAAACUCAUCGUUGAAACGGUGAAGGAAGAAACGCGCCGGAAAGACAACAAAGUAAAAGAAAAGAAAUCCGAUCACGGUGACAAAAGACCGGAGAAAGAUGCCACGUCGAAAAAGAAGGACAAAGAUUCCUCGGAAAAGAAAAAGGACUGGUCUGAUAAACAAAAAAUCAACUCAGGUCAUUCAAUUGAAAAAGAGAAGAAGCGGAAAGAAUCCACGGAAACAGGCAAAGACAAAAAAGAAAAGGAUUCUCUGGACAUCAGUCGAGACCGCAAAGACUCAUAUGACUUCACGAAGGACAGAAAAGACACCAAAAUCAAACAGGAGUCUAUUCGAGACGAAUACGGCAGUGACACUUUCUUUAAAGACAUGGAUGUUGUCGGCAAACCAUGUGACAUCCGAGAAAGAAAUCAUUCUGGUAAGGAGAAGGAAAAGAAACUCGAAGCGAUGGAAAAGCGAGAGAAAACAAAAGCAGAGAAGCACAAAGAGAAACUAAAAGACAAAGGUGCGGAUCAGGAGAAGGACAAGAGUGACAAAAACUCUGCAGAAAAAACGGUCAAGGAAAAGGACAUUGAUCGGACGUCCAAAGACAAGAAGGAGGGAGCAAAAGACAAACACAAAGAGUCUCACGGCAAAGACAAAGAUCGAAAGAUGUCAUCAGAACAGACCAAGGACAAGAAAGACAAGACCUCCCAAGACAAACAUACGGACAGAGAGAAGGAUUUCCUAGAGGUGAAGAAAGAGGAAAGAAAAUCGGAGAAAAUCCGCGAGAAAACAUGGUACAAGAUCGCUGACAUUUUCACCGAUGAAAGUGACGACGAAGACAGUUACAAUGGUGGCGUUUCUCUUAUGGCCGACUCCAUCAGGAAAGACUCAACACCUGAUCAAGAUGACCUGGAUCACUUCCCGACGGAGAAAAUGAGAAAAAUGUCCUCGGAGACAAAACAUAACGCAGAAAAGUCAAAGGACAAAGAUCAUAAAGAGAAAAAGAAAGAAAAAGCCACAUUUGACACGGGCAAAGAGCGGAAGGGUUCCCUGGAGAAACACAACAAAGACAAGAAAGAUUCUGUUGAUAUUAAACACAAGGAACGGAAAGACAGGAUGUCGGUAGACUCAAACCAAGACAAGAAAAAUAAGCAGAAGAUAUUGGACAAGAGAGAUAACAGUGAGGAGAAAACAAAAAAUAAAUAUAAAGACAAAAUGGACAAUUCCAAAGAAAGAAAACCAUCAAAAGGCAGUUGUGAGAAUGAAAAGUCCCUCCUGGAAAAACUGGAAGAAGAAGCAAUGAAUGACUACAAGGAUGAUUCCAAUGACAAGAACAGUGAAAUUUCUUCUGAUAGUUUCACGGACAGAGGUCACGAACCCAUCCUCACAAGUUACUAUGACACCAUCAGCCUUACAGAUGUGUCCGAAGACAGGAGGGACUCUCUUUCUAUCGCCACACCCCAGGAUAAGUUCAGAGAGAAAGAACGGCAUCGACAUUCCUCCUCUUCUUCGUCCAAGAAAAGCCACGACAAAGAUAAAGAAAAGGUCAAAAAGGACAAAGGAGACAAACGUGACAAAAUGGAAGAAAUCCGAGACCUGUACAGUCGCAGGGAGAGUUUACCUUUUGACAAAGAGCCCAUGCCCCUGGAGGCCGAUCCGUACACAUUCCCAUAUGGCGGCAAGGGAGACGGCGAAGACGAUUUUGACAAGACAUUAGAAUUUGAAAAGGAGAUGUCGAAAAAGGACAAAUCAACUGGUGUCAUUGGUGACAGAAUGAAGGACAAAAAGAAGAAGGAAAAACACAAAGAUAAAAUAAAGGAGGAACGGAACAAGCACAUGGAUGGCUUCGGUUCCUCAAAGCACUCCAAAGAGGACAUCAAGUUGGGAUUAAAAGAUAGCCCUCAGGUCACCAUUCUGAAGGACAGGUCUAAAGAAGAAAGCCCUAAAUUUGAUAUUAAAAAGGACAGAAACCGGGACAUAUUGGAGAAAGACAACAGAUUAGAUCACAACAAAUCAAAGACUAAAGACGAAAAUGAAAAGUUCAAUCAGUCCAAAGACACGGGACGCAAAGAUAAUCGCCCGCGUGAAAAACUCUUAGUCGAUGGUGACUACCAAAUGACAAGUUUCGGUCAGAUGUUGAGUCUGAAAGAUCAAGAAAUCGAAGAGCGUCACAAAAGACACAAAGAACGAAUGAAACAAAUGGAGAAGCUGAGACCCAAGUCUGGAGACCCCAAACUCAAAGACAAAGCCAAGUCUACAGAAGAAAUGCGCAAGAACCGCAGUGAGCUCUCCUCCAAGAAAUCAAGCAGUCUGGAGUCCGGUCUGAAAGAGAAGAAGCUGAAAGAUAUAGGUCUACCAGCUCAAAUGAUGUCCCCGAGUAGGAAUUUCCAACCGCCGACAGAAAGUCAAAACUCAAAAGACUGGCUGGCCGGCCAUCAAGUCAAAGAAAACCUUCCGGCCUCUCCCAGGUCGGAACAGAACAGACCAACUGGUGUCCCUACACCGACAUCUGUCAUCUCCUGCCCGAGUUAUGAGGAAGUCAUGCAGACUCCACGGACCCCAUCUUGCAGUGCGGAAGACUACCCUGAUAUCAUGCUGGAUGGGCUGGACUGCCAGAACACUUCGGCUAUGACGAUGUCAAUGAACGCUUGUUCACCGUCUUUCUUUGAAAGCAGGUACUCCCAAGGUUUUCAGGAAGGCACGUGUCCCACCCCUGCAAAGAACCUCCAGUUACCACUCAUUAGCCGUUCCGCCUCCUCUGACGUACGCAGACCUCUAGAAGACGACUUCAAAGCAGAGGCUGACAAGUUUCUUCGGCAGCAUACCGAUCCGUCGGCUGAAUUUGAGACCGCUGCUGCUUCACAAACCCUGGAAGAGAAAUCCGCGGAACGACUAGAGAGCUUGCCGUCGCCCUAUUUCUCUCCAAUUAGGUUGUUGUCACCUCGACAGGAGCCCAGUCACCCAAUCCCGGAUGUGGCAACGCCGACUCUGACUUGCAUAGACAACAACGAUAAUCUUCCUGACAGCGUCUACAACAGUUUCUUACCCAAACCGUCUACACCAGUUCACAGGCCGGAUCCACAGGAGCCCUGCUUUGACAUUGCUGCACCGCCAACGCCAGCCCCUGCGGCAUUACCACCGCUUGACAUAGACGACAUAUCUGAACCUCACCACAGUGAACCCAAUCUAGUCCUCUCAGAUCUCCCCUCUGUCGUAGAGGAAAGGGAUGAAGAUGAUGAUGAGGAAGAUGAAGGCGAAGGCGAAGACCUCGAUGUGGAUGAAAGAACCGAUGGAGAUCAUUGCGCUGUGGACGAGACGGAGCAAACACAGGAAUCGUGUUCGUUCUCCACUCAAGUCGAGGACACUUUAAGAAAGAGCUGGCAUGCCGAGUCUCCAGAUCAGGAAGAUCCAGAGGUCCACCAUCUUUCGCCACCACAUCCCGAAGCGAACCUCGGAGAAACCUGUUAUGAUCACAGCAUGAGUUGGAACCCCGAUGUGGACCUUAAAUCCCCCCACCGGACAUAUGGAGAGAUAGAGGCCGCCGUUUCCAAAAUAACCAGUCCUUAUUCUCAUUCAGACAACGAUCUGCAACACUUGCCUGUACACCCGUCUGUAACGCCUCCUUAUGCGACCUGGAAUCGGUGGCACAAAGAAGAAGACCCUGAGGAUUUUGAUGAGCAGAAGGAAGCCGUGGCGGACAUUCCAUCGCCAGAGAGGCCCGACACUGCUAUGGAUGAGGAAUCCAAUUAUUUAAAUACGUCUUCAUCCUCCACUAGACUUGAAUCAUUUUUCCAGGACUGCAACAAACCUAAUAUGGAGGUUAAUCACCAAAUGGACACGGAGACCGCAUGUGAAGAACCUGACAACAGACAGAACACUCAUACCUUCUGUGCUACCACCGACGGACACAUGACUCCAGCGGUUGGUCCUGAGCCAGUCGUGCCCUGGGCAGACCCAUUCUCGACUGAUGCCGAUGAGCUAGAUGACCUGGGACCAUUCUCCUUGCCCGACCUUCCAAUCCAAGAGAAGUCAGAAGAAGCGCAGCAUCGAGACCCAGAUUUUUCUGAACUCAACAAGACCACACCAUCCCACAUUAGACAUACAAUUACAGAUGUUGAUGAUCCGGUCUUAAUAGAGGUGGACCAUUCAAGUCUUGCUAAGACAACGUGUCCUCUUGAAGAACAAAGGUUGUUGGAACCUACUGGACAAGACUUAGUUGUACCGUCAUCACAUGCCACCUUCCAGCAAGAGUUAGACCCUGAGCCUCAGAGUGUUCCGGUCAGUAGCCCUCUGACCUUUACACAACAGAGCAUCAUUUUGGAGAAUAAGAGACCGUACGGCGGAUCCGAUGAGUCUGAUCCAACUAUGUUGUAUACGUCGUUGAAAUCAGAAGCCAACCAGCUACAUCACUUACAGAUUCACUCAAUGACUGAGUCUUUGCAGUUAGCACAAGACCCUACGUCUCUUGAGAAGUCAGAGGUGAGACAGGAGGACUUAACGGAGCCUGUAGCAGAAUCUGUAUCAUCCAGUCCUGUUUCUCAGCUCCCGGAGCCUGUUGCCCUUCCCAUUUCAGUGGAACCUUCAGACACUCCGGAGAUAACACCCAAGCCGGUUCCAGUACCCCAGAACACAGUGUCCGUAGAUAUUCCCAAAAAAGUUGAUGAAAUCCCUCAGAGGAUGACACGGAAUCGGGCCAAAAACAACCAGUCUGCUGUUGCUUUUUCCUCCAUCAUAGCGUCAUCAACAACUUCCUUGCCUGUAGCCAUUAAUCCAACAGUUAGCAUCACUGCUAUUCCUACAAGGAUACCAACUCCCACUUCAGUGUCGGCUUUUUCAGUACAGAAGAAGGACAAAGACUCUUUACUUAAUGUCUCAUCCACUGCAUCCAAUCCAACCGCGGCUCUAUCCGUACAGACAUCCGUGACCGCCUCUCCUACGGUGGUGCUGAGCAAAACAACUAAAGGCCGUCCGCUUCCGGUCGAUGAGGAUGAUUCUCAGACACAGCACCCGCGUAAAAGGAAGUUUCCGCGUUCGACCGGGCAGCAGGUGCAAGUCCAGCUGGUGAACACGGCCAUGCAACAGACCAGGGAAAUGAUUCAGCAGACUCUGGCUGUCGUUGUCAACGCCAUUAAGUUGGAUGACAUUGAGCCUUACCACAGUGACCGUUCCAACCCUUAUUUCGAGUAUCUACAGAUAAGGAAGAAGAUUGAGGAAAAGAGGAAAAUUUUGUGCUACAUCACCCCGCAGGCCCCACAGUGCUACGCUGAGUAUGUGACCUACACAGGCUCCUAUCUGCUGGAUGGGAAACCCCUAAGCAAGCUUCAUAUACCAGUGAUUGCCCCACCGCCAUCAUUGUCAGAACCUCUGAAAGAGCUCUUCAGACAACAGGAGGCAGUGAGAGGAAAGCUCCGCUUGCAGCACAGCAUAGAACGGGAGAAGCUCAUUGUCUCGUGUGAGCAGGAAGUGUUGCGAGUCCACUGCAGAGCUGCAAGGACAAUAGCCAAUCAGGCUGUGCCAUUUAGUGCCUGCACCAUGCUUUUGGACUCUGAAGUAUACAAUAUGCCAUCAGAGAGCCAGGGUGAUGAGAACAAAUCGGUGAGAGAUCGCUUUAACGCAAGACAGUUCAUCUCCUGGAUCCAGGAUGUAGAUGAUAAAUAUGACCGAAUGAAGACAUGUCUGUUAAUGCGGCAACAGCACGAGGCUGCGGCCCUCAACGCGGUUCAAAGGAUGGAGUGGCAGUUGAAGGUCCAGGAAUUGGACCCUGCCGGACACAAGUCCCUGUGUGUCAACGAAGUGCCAUCCUUCUACGUUCCAAUGGUUGAUGUCAACGACGACUUUGUCCUGCUGCCUGCGUGACACCUCCUGGCUCAGUGAUAAAGCGCAAACUUUAUCCGGAUCCCUUCUUCUCAAAGAGAACUUUGUUGAACAGAACAAACAAACGGAAAGGGCUAGCAAGUUUGAGAAAGGCCUUUAGACAGGAAAACAUAUAGCAAAAGAGUACAGAUUAAAAAAAAAACUUGCUCUUGCCUCCUUUCCUUGAAGAAGGAAAGAUGUUUUUACUGCGGGGGAAAGAAAAUACUCAACUUGCACUUUCAUCCUCAGAAGUUUUUACUCCUUUUUCGAUUCAAGCAUGAAAAGCAAAAACCGUUUUUGCUUUCAGGCGCUGGCCCACAACUCCCUUGUGCUCGGCUACGACGAGACAGGGGAACAGAGAUAUAUUUUCUUCAUUUUUGGGCUUCGCUUCAUAUGACCCACCAUUGGUAGGCGUCAAAGAGGAGCUCUCCCAGCAGCAUAGUGCCUGUGCUGAGGGAGGGGAACUGAAGAGGAGCCUCCCAUUGUGGCUCCAGGUGAGCCGGGAGUGCCAGAUGCGUUCAAUGCUGACCCAGAGGAUGUCAAACCAAGCCACGGCGCAUCACGUGGAGCUUGCGAGCAUCCACUGUGAGACGACUCCAAGUGACAGAGUGGGCUAUCAGUCUGCUAAAACUGCACCAGGACCAGGCUUAUAAUAACUCAACAGCGCGAUUGGAAGAAGGUUGCCGAUGUGGGUGCAAGUCUGAGAGGAAGAGACUGCUCGUGUGCAGCCUCUCAGCCAUGCAAAAACAUAGUCGGAGGAAGGAACGCGGUGAACCCCCGAGGACACACCGGAGUGUUCUCGGCCACCCCCGCCGCCUCCUCUAUGAACAUGUCAGAAGAAACAAACAUAACGGAUGCUGCGAUUGAAAAGAGACUAUUAAGGAAUUGCGUUUUUUUGGCGGGAAGAGAAAUAUUGUUUUUGUCUAUUUCUUUACUUGGGCAUUUCAUUGUUUCUGAGGAAGUGACUUGAAACACUACAGAGCCAAUAUUAGUUUAAUGGAAAAAAAAAACAAAAGAAAACAGAAAAAAAGUUGUAUUCCGUAAAUUAUGUACAGUUUUUAUAUUCGUUAACCAAUGUAUUCUUGCUGCCUUCUAGAUAAUUUAUUUUGCCACACAUUACUGCACAGUUGUAAAUAACCUAUGUACUGUAAUAUCACUCAAGUAAGUGUAAAGAAAAACAUAAAAGAAAUAAAAAUUAUCUUUUUAUGUACAGUUCACUUUCGGGCAGCACUUUCCCUCCCUCAUAAUCCGUGGGCCAAAUAUGUACUCGAUUCUGUCAGUAUUGGAAAAGUCAUCAAAUCCUAUCGCUAGAUCCGAGUCCAGAAUAACUCACCUGGAAUUACAUCACCAUAACGUCCAAACGACUGACAGACAGACCACUUCUGGAUUUUAACAGGCCCCUUAAAGGCCGACCACCAAAUAGUUCCACACAUGUAGCAGAAUAGACGAGGACUUAUUUAACAAAUACAGAGGAAUAUUACUCAUUGCUUUACUACACAGUUAUAUCUGAUUCAUCUCAAACCAAGAAAAUGCCUUUUUCGGGUGAAAAAUAAUGUACUCAUUGUCGGGCAAAGUCACAAAAAUAUAUAUAUGGUUUGAAUGAAAAACAUAAGUGAUGUCAUUCAUAAAUAGAACCAUUGUCGUUAACGUUUUAACAUUUGUUUGUAUUUUAAAUUAGCAAAAAAAAACACGACUAAAUAUGUGCUAAGCAUUACAUAUUUUGUAUAUUCCGUUUUCCAUGCAUUCAGAUUAAGAAGUGAGUCUGAGGAGUUGAAGGGUUGCAUUCCGAGCGUUUAACUUGAAGUUUGUCACUUCAUUUAACUCAUUACUGGUUAACUCAUUACCUUACGUUGAACAUGUUGCAAUCAGGCCCACUAGGUGGUGCCGAUGAGGUAGAACUUUGCACAACAUGCGGCCUUUCAAAUUGGAUGCUUUUAAUAAUAUAUACAGUAAACCUCGGAUAUUCAUUCAUUCAUUCAUUUUCUACCGCUUUUUCCUCACGAGGGUCGCGGGGGGUGCUGGAGCCUAUCCCAGCUGUCUUCGGGCGAGAGGCGGGGUACACCCUGGACUGGUCGCCAGCCAAUCACAGGGCACGUAUAGACAAACAACCAUUCACACUCGCAUUCAUACCUAUGGACAAUUUGGAGUCGCCAAUUAACCUAGCAUGUUUUUGGAAUGUGGGAGGAAACCGGAGUACCCGGAGAAAACCCACGCAAGCACGGGGAGAACAUGCAAACUCCACACAGAGAUGGCCGAGGGCGGGAACCUCGGAUAUAUCGGAUUCAAUUGUUCCCACUGGUUUUGUCCGAUAUAAGCGAAAUUUGUUAUAUACGUAUACCGGAAAAUGUCCGUUUUACGCAUAUAUCGGAUUUUAUAUCCGGUAUAUGCGUAAAUCGGAUUUUAUCCGUUAUAAAAAGGCACUUCCUUGACUAUGUUUCCAAUGUACCUGAACGCGCAGGCAACGCUGCAAACGCUGCAAAUGACGUCGUAUAGCGGCCUGUCACGAUUCGGCGAAUCUAAUGGAAAUUUAAUGGAAAUGCAUUGGAACAGGACUGGAGAUUUUGUCCGAAAUAGGCGAAAUCCGUUAUAAAAAAUCCGAUAUAUGCAAUGAUUUUUUUAUUGGAAAUGCAUUACAGAUAAAUCGGUUCUUUUUUAUCUGUCCGUUGUGAGCGAAUUUCCGAUAUAUCCGAGGUUUACUGUAUAAAUUUCAAUUAUGAGUCAGAUCCCUUUUUGGAAUCCUUCUCCAGUCACAUUAGAUUUUUAUCAGUAUAUUAUAUUUUACAAUUAUUUCCUCUGAGUAUCAUGUUUUUUGUUUUUUUUUGCAAAAGCACCCAGAAGGAAACCCAAAAAAAGUACAAAGUAUUUCCUUCAUUGGCUUUUAUUAAAAUGUGCACUGACCAGUAAGUGAUUCUAUUCAGCUCGUUCUCCAGUAAUCUCGCAUAUCCGACAUACUGUCAGUCAAUCAAGUCAUUGCCGUGUUUUGCAAUGUAAUGGUGGAGUGCAAUGGUUGUAGCUGUUACACUGUGCAGACAAAGUGGCUAGAUGUAUAGUUACAGGAUUGGUACACAUCUUACAUUCAUGUUUGGACCCCGCAUAGCCCGGGGUUUAUUAAACCCUCCCAUCUUGGUUUGUGUUGUUUUCUUACAAUUUUGGGUGGGAGUUAAGGUUGUGUUUUUGUUUCACGGAUUUCUUUGUGUGUCUUUUUUAACUCUGUAUAAUGUUUUGAAUGUUGUUGUGUAUCUCCUUCGGAUUUUGUUUGGAUUCUAACACCAGUGGCAUGUCAAUCACGUUGCUUAUCAAGCAGAAUGUAAACCGUCACUAUGCCCGGUCCGACCACACCCUUAACUAUUGUUUACAAGACAUCCUCUAUGUGUUUUUUUUGGACGCCUUUGUUGUCAUCUAGUCCUAGUCAUUUGUUUCAGUGACAAAGGCUUGAAAUGGUGACAGUUGCCUCGGUCUGCACACUUGGCAACCGACUCCAUCGGAUUUCUCCGUUAGCCUCCCUCCUUGCAAUGUCGCUACACAGAGCAAUAGACUCCAAUCAGGUUUAUUCUCCAGUGUGAAUAAUCAGCCAACAAGUGAUUCCUGGAUCCAGUGAGUGCGCACACACACACACAUAUACAUACACACACACAUAUACACAUACACACACCAGUCCUCAGAUGCACGGUAGAGCACUUGGCCGUGGUGAUGCAGAUGCUAGCCUGACACCACCUCAGUCAGCAACAUAUUACCUCUACUCUCCUCACAUUCACUCAUAAUUUAGAUUUUAGAUUCUUUGUUUUCUUACUGGAUUUAGAUAUACAUAAUUACUAUUUUUUCAUAAAAUAGUAUCACGAUUUCAAGCCUUUUUUUCUAGUUUUCUUUUGUCUUGUUUUUUUAAUUAAAACCCAGACUGUAGCUGUUUUUUUGUUUGUUUUUUUUUAGAAUGGAAAAUGACUAAUACAAAGCAUGGAGAACUACUCUUUAAAUGGUGAGAAAUAACCUAUUUAUUAUUAUUAUUUUUUUGUUUGUUUUAAUUUUUUUUUUUCUUCUGACACCUGUGGUAUGUUUUUGGUUGAAGUUGGUCUCCGCUGUGUAAAUUUCCCUCCUUGUAAUGCGUGAACGAGACAUACUGUAAAUAGCUGUUGUAAAUAAAACCUCCCAGGACGUU